UGGCAUUUGGGCCAGAGAAAAAAAUGCAAGGAGUCAGUAAAAAAAAAAGCUAUGUUGAUGGUUAUACGGCGAGCGGUAAGCUGCAUUCAAAUAGCUGCAAGCUUGGAAGAUAAAAGUAUAAUUUAUUCUCUCACCAAAUGAUAUCAUCCUUGAGAUAUUCACACACAUGUAACUACAAAUAACUACAGUACACACAGACUACAUUAUGAAAACCUUGCAAAAGUUAUCAUCCACUACAGUGUCCAGCAACACAUGUAAGCGUACACACAUUGUAAUAAUUCCUUUCCGUUUCAAUGUCAGGCUUGAUCUGCAGUUUGUGUUACAAUGAAAUGUGUUGGUAAAAUUUAAUCUACUCUCUAAAAAGUUCAUUGACGGAUGCAACCAUUCCAGGAACUAAAAACCAAUUACUCUGAUAAUCCUGCGUCCAGCUCCAUUGUUUUCCUCUCUGCUGACAACAGGCUGAAUAUCUUUGGAUUUUGUUCUGCAAAGCAGUCGCAACAAGACAACUGUGCCAGUUUUUACAAACAUUCUGGGAACCCCUCAGAGUUCCUAACGGGGCCUCAAAACUAUAAGUAACAAGUCCAAACCUUAGACUGACUUAAAAACACUUGCAGAGCACCUCUGAGCAAGUAAGCGAGAAAUACUUCGAUCCCGGGGAGGAGGCUUGGUUGACUGGGGAGAGGAAAUAACUCAUUCUUUUAAAAGCUGUGAUUAGUUCUCUACAAAUGGAGAAAAAAAGUAAAUAAGAACAUAAUUUUAUUAAAAACAAGCAUAUAAGAACAUUAAUCAGAGACAGACUUCAGUUUUUCUGUCCUCUUCAAUGCGCCGACCCAAGUGGGAAAUCUCAUGUUAAAAAUUAAGCUGCUGGUACAAUUAUUUUAAUCAUUUUCUUAAGUGUUUAAUUUUGAUGUUGUUCUGUUCUUUCUUAGUUUUGUGAAGUCGUUUAUAACAGGCUUUUCAUCAGUGAAACAGCUCCCUUUUCUCCAGUUGCUAAAUAUUUUGUGAUCACUUCCUUUCUGGUGAUAUUGCGUUGUUACCUUGGCUUGUGGACGAGCAGGAAAGCACAAUCAUGGCACAAUUUAAUCUAAAGGAUUUAAUUAACUCAGUCUUUUGGUGUUCGAAAGACAUUUGUCCAAUUUCACUGUCUUUUUAUUAUUUUCUACAGCUUGGGAAACUCUUCAGAGCCCAAGAAGUCCUCUGCAUUACUCUGAAUGAUUUUCCCCUUAGGGGCUCUCUUAUUUUGUGAAAAACUUUUAUCUUUGACAAUGAUCUAGUCUGAACUUUUAGAGAAAAUUUAAGAAUAUAUGAUUCUCAGAGUUUUCUUAAAAUUUCGUCACCAAGAAAAACUUUUAUCUUUGACAAUGAUCUAGUCUGAACUUUUAGAGAAAUUUGAAGAAUAUAUAAUUCUCAGAGUUUUCUUAAAAUUUCGUCACCAAGAAAAACUUUUUGUACACGCAAACUUUUAAAUACAGCGACUGUAGGCCUUAAAUUCUGCAAAUUGUCCCUUUAUAUUUACUCUAAUGAUCCACUGAAAGAAUAACUGGAAAUCAUUUACUUUGAGAGAAUAACUGAUGGUUGCUGCUUCACCUCUUUUUACUUCAAAGUUUGUUACUUUUGACUGUGAACUGACAGUUCAACCGAGGCUUCCCUAAGUAAACUUUUAGGAUUUCUUUAAGUCUUGUUGAUAAUGCAUGCUGGAAAACCCAACAUGUCUGUGAGGUUAAAUCUAGACAAGCCAUUACCUGCUGUGACACUGCAGUUUAGACCCAAUAAGAAUUAGCGGGACCAGACAGAGGCCAUGUUUUUUUUAAUUACUUCCACACUUCUGGCAUAUAUUAAUCCGAUAAGAAUCUGCCAUGACUAAGAUAACAAGAAAAACAACUUUUGAACUUGAACGAUAGUCUGAUUUGUUUUCCCUCAGGGAGUGGUGAGGAUUACUAGCCCACUAACAGAUCUAUGCUUUGCUUAAAUACUAGGCUUAACUUAAAGACUAAGUUCAAGAGUGUUGCAAUAACACUUUGAGGUUGCAAAAGUCAAACAAAUCAACGGGGCAACUUCUUCUGUAAUAUAACGAGCACAGACCAUGUGGUUUAUUAUGAAACUUCCCCAUUACAAGAUUUUAAUAUCUUGAGGGGUGAUUUUUGUCAGGCAGACAAAAAUGUUAAUACAGGAGGAGGAAGCUUGGUCCUAACUCUGAUGACAGAAACUAACUACUGUUUCGAUUUUCAGUAUUUGAACAUGAGUCCAAUGAAAGGCCCAGUCUCUUAUCUGAUGGUGUUUGGAAGACAAAUGGGCUGAAAGUCUGAACAGAUUGCAGCUACUUGGAAAUCAAAUGCUACUAUGUCUAAAUGUCUGAACCGAAUGAUAAACCUGACUGAAGAUGGGUUAAUUUUUUAAAAUAAAAUGCAGACCACUUCAGUAAAUUAUAUCCACACUUUCACCUAUCUAUACAUGGGCUUACCACAAAUUACUGAUAAACAGCACCUAUUUAAAACUCCUGUGAGGAGUUUUUUAAUCUGCGUUUGAAUCAUACUGAAUACUGAUGCCUCGUCAUAACCUACAAGAGCAAACAAGACUAUCAACAACGAGAGUGUCUGUAGAUGUUUUUAAUGUCUAACACCACUACUGGGGUUGUUCUGAUAAUUAUAUGAUAAUGGAGAAGUCUUUGAAAAGACUUCAAGAGAUUUCCAAUGAGUGACACAUUUUAGUGUGACAAUAAUGUGGGGUGAGAUUUUUUUUAACUGAAAAGGUUACAGAGGGGGGAGGUGCCGCUUUGUCCACAGAGGGCCCUAAAGUCAACAACCAUAGUUUAUCAGAGAGCCUUAACAGACAAAUCAUUUCUUCUCAAGCUAAAGUUUAUGUAUACUCUUUGUAUUUUCUUUCUUUAGCUUCUGCAGCACCUGUGUUCUUGAGGGGCAAUGUUGAGUAACUCCUCAUUUAUUAUUGCACUUUUGUUGGGGGGGGUCACUGCCAAAAACUUUUUCUCUAUUUAAAAAAAAAAAAAAAAAAAACUCAAAACUAUCUGUAUAAUGUGGCCAAAUCUAUCCAGUGAAUUCACAAAUAUCUCUGGUAUUAACCAACACGUUUUUGGUGGUGCUUCUGCAGGACAAUGUAUAAGUCAAUAAAAGGCCAUAAAUUGAACAUGAAACUCUCUAACUGUACCUGCCAUCUACAAUAUUUUUUUCCCAGUUAAAGGAUGCAGAUGGAGAACAGUAAUUAAGAGUACUUCAAGAUUUACCUGUUUUGCAAAGUUCAUUCUCAGAAGUGAGAUCCUUUGGCUGCUGGUGUGUCUUGUUCCAACUCUAAAUUAUUUACCUGCCACACCUGUUCAUCCACUUUCUUUCCCCUUUGAGUUUUUUUUCUAUUCUUGUAUUUUUUUAUGCUGAUCCAUCCUCUUAGAUAUUCGUCAUUUUUCAGUGUUAAUUGACACUUCAUUUCUCCAAUACGUUGUGGAAACAGAAAAUUUUAUGGUUGAAGGUUUUUCAAAACAUUUUUUUUUCCAACACAGGAUUUUGGCUUCUUUCAAACAGUUUUGUUGCUGUGUUUUAUUUGAGAGUAUAGCAGUCAAUACUCCAACAUACUAUGAUGAUUAAAGUUCACAAGGUGCAUUUUUUGCCAGUCAUUCCUGUACCGGUCAUAAUAAAACUUAACAUAUUGCAUAAAAAAAGUCAAGAGGGGUACUCCUCCCCCUCUCACUCUUUCACAGUGCUUAUCAGAGAGCCAAUAGAAACAGUGAGUGUCAAGGCCAGGAAGAAGUCUGAAGCAUGCAGACUCAAGUUUUCAGCUAGGUUUCCCUUUCAAGGGUCGUUUGCACCCUUAGGUCAACUAAGUUAUCAGUAUCGGACAAAAAGCAUGGGAUAUUCCCAGCUGUUUUAAAUUUACUUUAACUAAUAGUAUUUUUCUGAGGUUAAACUUUUAUUAAUCGACUUUUGUAAAAACUUCAAAUCAGGCAUGCCUUUGCAUGCACACCUAGAGCUGAAAUGGGCCUCACCACAUGAUAGCUAACUUCUUUAGAAAUUUAACCACAAAGUUUAUAAGUUACAUACAAUCCAAGUCACACGGAGACUGGAGACGUGACUGCUUUCCAGACCAGCAGAGCCAUAGUUCCUGUUGUGUAAUUAUAGUUAAAUAUGUCUAAGUUAUCAAAAAGGGCCCUCACUGUCGCAUUUGUGUUUGGCUAACCAGCUAGCGAAAUGACUGCAAAGUAUAACUACACUACCUGCAUGAUGCUGUUAGCCUGCUAAAAGCUAAGUGAACAGCACAAAAUUGUGACAACCUGGCUUGCAAAUGUUGGAAAACAGCGUGUCGUUACAUGCAAAACACGCCGAACAACAAUUAUUACGCCUGUUAACUUCACAGGGGCAAGUCCAAAGUGUAGUUAAUAGCAGAUGUGAAAAUGUGUGCUUGAAGGAGGAGGAGGAGGCCUGUCGCAGCUCAGAGCAGGUGGGCCAUGCAUACACGCAGCACUUUUCUCUGACUCUUUUCUCCAGGAAAUAACACAUGACACGUGUGGCAUAACACACCAAAGUGACAGAAACACAAGAUUAAGCACGCUCUCAUGUCAUUAUGCGCGAAGCUGUUGUCAUAUCACGGGCAAACGUAUAAAAUAGUACAGCUGUCUUAUUUGAAUGGAGGGACGUCGGGCCUGUUAGCUACCAUGCUGGUUCUGUUUCAAUGGGGCUUAAGGGGGGCAUUAGCAAGCACUUUUCAGCACUUACAUUUUCAAUGACACGACUAAGCAGAUGUUGCAAAUACACUCAUACAAUCUGACCGAAUUGUUACUAUUUAUGGCUCAGUUUUGCGUUACUGAGUUGAGCGACAGAUAUGUGGUAACGAGCCUCUUAGUAAGGUUACAGCGCGUGCAGUAGGAGUUGUUAUGCAGGCUAACGUUAGCCAGCUAGCUUAGCUACCUGGUUGCUGUAAGAAGCCAUGCUCCCGGUGAGAUUUUCUCUUCUCCUCCGCUGACAAGAUGAAAACUCUCCCGGGAAGGUGUUGUAGGUUUGAGAUGACAGUUGUAAACGCUGUCCUACUCCGACGUCGUUGUCAUUUUCCCAACGCUUUCCUGGCAGUCGUUAGUUUUUGCUCCAUGUAAUGCAUCAGCACUUCAUGCUGCUCGCCUUGCCGUCACCGCCAUUUCUGUCUCGAGCCUCUUCCUCGCCUGCUAGCCGAGCCAGCGCGCGGUCGGUUGUAGUGGAAGCACGAGCUCGAGGAAUAACGAGAAGCACUUCCGGUGGUUGGCAAAUCUGAGACUUCACAUUAAAAGCCUUCGUUUUAAAUCGAGGACAAUACUAAGUUUUAAAAAAAAAACUGAAUCAUAAACAAACAAACAAACGAGCCACUUAUUUAUCAUAAAAGAAAAUUACAGAAUAUUUGCCUUAGAUUGAGCAUGAAUAACAUCAAAAAGGGAAAAAAAAACACAAUUUCAAUGUAAGAGGCCCUUCCAUAUCGAUUGGAACAUUUCUAGUGAAGAAAAUAGGUGUAGGGCUUUCUUGUCUGUAACAAGUUUUAAGGAUUUACAAAAAAGUUGCAGCUCAUUCUUCCAGUGAGGUAGGCAUGGUCUUCUUUUAAAAUAUCGACACUUGUGAAUGAAGAACUUCCCCAAAUGCAACAAAGCAUUUAAAACAAAAUCCAAGUUCCUAUCCUCAUUAAAAACACCAAACAGAAUAGUUUCUGCUGACAAAGCGACAAUACUAACUGAUUAAUGUGGUGUGUGACUUCCUGGUUUUUCAGUUAUAAAACAUAAAACAUUACAUUUUUUCGACAUUGUCUUUCGUCAUCGUCCUCCGGGAGGUGUUGUUUUGUUGUUGUUUUUUUUGUAUUAGAGUCUUAAUCGAUCACAUUCUGCAUGGGCCAUAAACCAUAGUCAACCAUAGUUAACAGCAGAAAUGUCAGCCAUGCUGGUUGAAAAAUUUACAACACAAGAACAAAGUGUUGGCUGAGUUGCCCCAUGGCAUUCAACAGUAACUUUGCAGCUGUGGUAGGAAUUUGACUCUCUCUGGAGACACUUAGACUCUCUUUAUUUGUCAGUGCACAGAAUAAAACUUAGCUCUGGUUUCUCUCUGCAACGAAAUGUCAUUGCUUGGCUUCCAUAUCACAGCAUGAUGGUGUUUAAUUUAAUAUACAGAAAAAAAACUUGAGUUGUAAGGGGAAAACAUCUGCAGUGAUCUGAAUGUAUUCCCGUGCUUGAUUAAUCUUAUCUCUAAAAUUGCUGGAGACUUAAAACCACGUUUUUUUUUUUCUUAGAACAUCACAACUUUAAGUAAAGAUUAGGCACACUUCAAACUGAAAUGCUAUGAUUGUGUUAAAAAUUAAAGUCAUAUUAGAUGAAAACAAAGAAACAAGUCAAAAAUAAAAUGGUUUAUUUGACCAGGGUGGUUACAACCUUAAAUGAAAGUUAACGUCCUUAAGUGACAUUUAAUCUGAAAUGUAUUUAUGCUUUGGCGGAAAUGCGAAAAGUAAUGUCGCUUGUGAGGUCCACGAGCUUUACAACGGCAACGUGACCGCGUGCAUUGCGUGCGUUCACGUCCGGGUUGGGGUAUGAAUCGCAGAUUUUUGAUCUUGCAUAUUGAGCGAGACUGAAACCAAGUUUUUGAUCCACUGAAUCUGUUGUUUGAGGCCCCCCUUACUUUCAGUUUUAGAUUAAACUGGACAGUCAUUUAGAUAUUAUUUCCAGUUAGAGGGUCUAUCUAAACAUACAGCGAUGCGGGUUGCUUAUGAAAAUAAAAGUACAUGUUUUAUACUCAUCACUAUAUGAAUUGUUUCAGUUGUGAAAUAAAUAUACCUGUUAUUCAAGAUGAGCAGGGUAUAUAUUAGUGGAUUUUCACAAGUUGUUCAAAACUGGUGGGCGUGGCUCAGCACAGGUGAGAGCUCUCAAAAACAGGAAGCUGGGAGAAGUAGGUCGGUUUUUUUCUCGGUAUUUUUGAAAACACGAUUUCAGUGUAUACAGGGUCCAAAGGUAGGUAAAGCUGAUAUUGUAUCUUGAAAUUUCUCACCAUAGACUUUUGUUUUUCUUUUCUUUUGGUCAAAACAACCAAAUCGACCACGGAAUAACAGGAUAAAAAGGUGUUUUAACAUGAGAUAUCGGCCCUUGACGAACACAUACAGUGCACCAAAAAUCGGAUUUGAUAUUCCCUCCUUUAUGUCUCUUGACUGUGUAUUAAUGUGCACAUGGGCCUCAAAACUGUGUUGCUGUCCCCACCAGCUCUGAUUAACACCUGUUUUAGGUUAUUUACCUCACACACAGACACUUAUCUACAGUAAAUAAUCCUCCAUGUUGCUCUACUCUCCUCAGUAGCAGUUGUAGAGACCCAAGCCCACUAUCCACUUUGUUUAUUAGUGUCUGUAAUAGGAUUCAUGUCUAAUCUUCUUUUGUAGGCAGAGGAAAAUGCCAGAGAGGGGGAGACACCACCAGAGGAGUGAUGCUUAUGCAGAAAAUGAGAGCAGGGACAGGGACUAUUCUCACAAUGGAGACAACCACACUUCAUAUAACAGCAGGGGUCACAACCAAAGGCCAAGAGCGAAGGAAGAAAGAAGCUCUGCUGAUGACAGGAGGGCCAAAGAAAACAGACAGAGGGACAUGACAAGUGCCACACACAAUGAGCCACCUGCUUAUAGAGACCAUGGCCAUGAAGGACCCUCCAGGCUGUAAGGAACUGUGUACUUAAGCUGGGCAUGUUGUCAUGUCUUUCACUGACAUACUUAUGACCAGAUAUGUUGUUGUUGUUAAUGUUAUUAUUACUAUUAUCAUGCAUGAAAAUACAUGAUCUCAUCAAAAUAAUUAUGUUCUGUUAGGUCCAGAGAGACUUCAUUUUAUCACUCUGAAGGGAUGUAUUAUCAGCAUCACCACAAACCAGCGCUUUACAAUCUCAAAUACAUUUUAACAUCCAGAGGCAAGUAUUUUUUAUUCUGGAAUUAUCCGUAUAAUCAUGUUUACAGCACUCCCGAUAGUCAGAAUGCAACAGUGUGACCCUUAAAUAAAUUAAAACAGGAAAUGCAAUGGAUUUACUCCUUUUAAUUAUGUCUUUUCAUCCACCUCUAAAUUAAUGAGUUCUGCUUGAUUUCUUGGUCUGUACUUUGACGGAUUACCGUCACAAGUUUUCCAUCACUACUUAUUCACGUCAUUGUGCCCAUCCUGUGUUCCAGGUCUCUGCCAGGUUAUGGAGUUUUUUGUGAAUCUACUUAUUGUCAUCUGCGCUGGAGUGCCCUACAGCAACAAUGGGGGCUACAGAGACCUGGCCAGUUUGGGUGGAAUCUACUAUUACCACUUUGGUGGAGCCCAAGCCUUCACUGGAGCAGAUGCAGACCGGGUGAAAGAGCUGGAUCGCCUGUUCCAUCAGCUCAAACGCCCUCCUUAUGUGUUCACCAUGGUCUGUGGAGGGCUUUUGAUGGUCUACGCCUGUGCCAUGCUUGCCCUGGGAGUUUUCAGAGUGCCUUACCGCUGGCCCCCUGUGUUGCUGGGAGAGGCACUCGUCAACCUCCUCAUUAGCCUGGGGUACAUCCCUGCCCUGGCCUUUUACUUUAUCAAGCUGCGGGAAACCUAUGACAGUCAAAUCUGUAAGGAGAGAGAGCAGAUGUACAAGAGCAAAGGGCACAAGGGCUUUGAGUGUCAGUACCAUGGUGCAGAUAUUGCAGGAGCUCUGUUUGGGGUGCUGGGAGUGUUUGUUUUCAUCUUUGGGGCAGUGUUAGCUGUUAAAGCCUUCAGGUCAGUGCGCGAGCUUAAGAAGCAAAAGAUAAACCAAGACAAUAAUCUCUGACGGGGAUUGUCUCCAUAAUGUAAUCGAACAAAGGUCAGAUUUAGCAGAAAUCACUUGGAAGUUUUUUUCUCAUCAUAUUUGGUGUCUUCUUUGUUGAAUUUGUGUUGAUAAUAUUUUUGUAUCUCUUUUCUAUUCUCCUUUUUUUAAUCAAGGUUUUAUAUACUGUAUUAUUUUUUAACACCACAACCUAUUUUACACAACAGUUUGCUUUGUUACAUUUUCUUCUUGCGAAGCUAUAAUAAACACCUUGGAUUAUAUAUAUUAUGUAUAUUUUGUUUCUCUUAUGGAUUUGUUAUCACUUUUCAGCAGAAAAAUACCUGCAUGUAUAAAAGCAGAUAGGUUUCAAGUUUAACCAUCACAAAAAACUUAUACAUAUACAUAAAAUCUUUCAAACUUGCAAAUGAAAACCAUGAGAACUCUCCAGUUACUGAUAAAACAAGCUUGUCUGCUUAA